CAAAAAUUAGGAUAAGAACAGAGUUGAUGAAGAUUACUGGACUGACUGUAAUAAAAGAAUAAGGUAGAAGAAUGCAGCCACGUCCACCUCACCUUUGAGAUGAAAGCAGCAGCUGUGGCUAUGACCGGAGGAAGCGCCGAAACUAUCCUCUGCACGAAGCUUAUUCCGGUCUGCAAUCACGCCCAAUUACUCCCCCUGAAUCGAACUCAAUCCUUACUACCUGCACUUGGGUUAGGAUCGGCGGUUUCCAUUAAUCGAGAAUCAGGUUUCCCGAAGUCCCAGGGCCGGCUCCGGCUCAAAGUUGCCUGCGGAGUUCCUGAUUCAGCUCAGGCUCAGCCUUCCACAAUUACUUCCUCCCAAAAAUCCAUUGUCAACAAUGAUGAGUUCUCCCUCGCCAAGGUUUCAUUUGGUGUCAUUGGACUUGGUUUGGGGACUUCACUUCUAUCGUAUGGUUUCGGAGCAUAUUUUAAUAUCCUUCCUGGAUCAGAGUGGUCUGCAUUGAUGCUUACAUAUGGCUUUCCUCUUGCUAUACUUGGCAUGGCCUUCAAGUAUGCAGAGCUAAAACCUGUACCAUGUGUCACCUACUCAGAUGCUGAAGUGCUAAGAGAAACAUGUGCCACUCCAAUUCUAAAGCAGGUCAGGAGUGAUGUGAUAAGAUACCGUUAUGGAGAUGAGCAGCAUUUGGAAGAGGCAUUGAAACGGAUUUUCCAAUAUGGUCAGGGUGGAGGAAUCUCGAGAAGGAGUGCUCCCAUUUUGCAAAUGAUUCGUGAAGAGGUUACUGAGGAUGGGAAAUACUGUCUAGUUUUGGUGUUUGAGGCCAAAGCUUUGCGGUUAUCAGAUUUUGAAAAACGACAGGAAAAAUUUGCUUCCUUCUUUGGUCCAGGGGUUUCAGCUGAAAUUGUUGAGGGAGACAAAAACUUAUACGAGGUCCGACUAAUUUCCAACACUACAUUGUAAUUUGUAAGCGGUCAUGUACUCAUGUCAGUACAUCCUCCAAGUCUCUCCAACAGUGCAACUGGGAAAGCUUUGAUAGCUGUAUGCCUGUAUAUGCUUAUAUUAUAGCAUGUAUAACUUAGCAUGUAUAUAGGAAAAGAAAACUUGUGAAGAACUUUGUUUGGGAAAUAUGCCUCCACUUUGUAUCAGUUCAUAUACUCAUCAUUUCAAGUUAGCUUUCAAGUUUUUUUUUUCAAAAGUUGCUAAUUAGUUAUGAUCGUAUCAUUGUAUCCAAGUUGAUUUUUCUUCUUUUGCCAUGCUAACUGUUUACACUUGAUUUAUUGGAAAACUACUACAAGAUGACUGUCAAUGUAGCAAUGCACUUGUUUUAUGUACUAUGUA